AUGGAUCCAAAAACUAAAACACUUGGAAAAAGGUGGAAGGAGUAUCAAGGGAUGAGAAAUUGGGACGGUUUGCUUGAUCCGUUGGACGACAUUCUACGUUGUGAAAUCCUACGCUAUGGCCAUUUUGUUGAAGCUACGUAUAAAUCAUUUGAGUUUGAUCCUUCAUCUUCCAAGUAUGCAAAUUGUAGAUUUCCCAAAAGCACACUCUUAGAAUGUUGUGGUUUACCUAACACGGGGUACAAAGUGACCAAAUACCUACAUGCAACUUCUGGGAUUCAGCUACCAAGUUGGAUGGAUAAGGCACCAAAUUGGGUAGCAACCCAAUCAAGCUAUAUUGGAUACGUAGCUGUGUGUGAUAACAAGGAAGAAAUCAAAAGACUUGGACGGCGUGAUGUGGUUAUUGCUAUUAGAGGAACAUGCACAUGUUUAGAAUGGCUUGAAAACUUUCGUGCCACACUCACCAACUUUUCUAUCCCAUGCAACCACAACAUUAAUGAUGAGAGAAAAGGUGUGGGGACCAUGGUAGAAAGUGGAUUCUUGAAUCUCUAUACCUCAUCAAAUUAUGCAAAAUCAUCGUUAGAAAGUAUGCAAAAAAUGGUGAAACAAGAGAUUUUAAGGAUCAAUCAAAUAUACCGUCAAGAAGAAUUGAGUUUGACCAUAACUGGACAUAGUUUGGGAGCAGCAUUGGCUACGUUGAUUGCGUAUGAUGUUAAGAUUAGUGUUCCCAAACUAAUGGUGACAGUCAUCUCGUUUGGUGGGCCUCGUGUGGGCAAUAGAAAUUUUCGACAACACCUUGAGAAGCAAGGAACAAAGGUUUUGCGCAUAGUGAAUUCAGAUGAUGUUAUUACCAAGCUACCAGGGUUUGUAUUUUUUGAUGAUGUGGAUAAGACACCAUGGAUGUAUGCUGAAGUUGGAAAGGAACUUCGAUUGUGUAGUAGGGAUUCUCCUUACCUAGGUAGCACGAACGUUGCCACAUGUCAUGAGUUGCAAACGUAUUUGCAUCUUGUCGAUGGCUUUAUUAGCUCUAGGUGUCCCUUCCGAGCCUCUGCCAAGAGGUUCCUUCGACAUUGA